GGCUGUGGGCGUCAUCAGUGCGAGCCGUGCGCGGCACCGUGACGUCAUGAGCGCGGCAUUCCGGCGCGCCUGACGAGGCGGAGUCAGGCCGGAGCUGCGGGAGUCGGCGGGAUGGAGCUGGGCCAUGACGGCGGCGGCGGCGGCGGCGGGUGAGGAGGCCGCUCCGCGGGAAGGAGCCUCCGCCCUCGACGGCGCCGGCACGGGGCAGCCAUGCGAGCGGCCCAGGAGCGCAGCCAAGACCGCCUGCCGCCCAAGAAGCGCGACCUGCCCGCUGCCGCCGGCGAAGAGGCGGGGCAGGAGCCCGAGCGGGCCGCAGGGCCUAGCGGCGAGACUUCCGCGGCCGAGUGGGCGCGGGGGUCCGGGGCGGCGGGGGGCGCGGCCUCGCGCUUCGCUGGUGGCGGGGCGUCGGAGGGGGUGGCCGGCCUGACGGUGGACCAGUACGGCCUGCUGUACAAGGUUGCGGUGCCACCGGUGGUGAGUGUCAGCCCGCUGCCGCCCACCUUCAGCGUGGCCUCUCCGCUUCUGCAGCACGCGCCGGGCCUGCCCUACUCGCCCGUCCACUAUGCCCAGCUGCCCCCCGGCCCGCUGCACUUCGUGGGCUCGCACUACUCGGUGCCCUACGCGGUGCCCCCCGGCUUCUUGCCUGGCCACCUCCUGCCGACGUCUGCUGGUCUGGCUGCCUCCCGCAUCCCCCACUUUGUGCCAUACACGUCUCUGCUGCUGGAAGAAGCUGUGACAGCUUCUCACAGCUUUGGCAAAACCGCAGCCCCGCUCUCCCCACCGGGUCCUGUGCAGCCCCAUGGCGGGGGUCAGCCACUCGACGUGGGGCAGAGCAGGUUUCCUGUUCAUUAUCAGCUGCCAAUGAGCUAUUCAGCAUUUGGGGUUCCUGUUGCUGGUCCGAACGUGGACCUGCCGCUGCAGGAUCCACAAAGCAUCACCGCUAACGGGGUGGAAAGGCCGGCUGCAGCGUCUAAGUUAAACAAGGUUCUGGGUGCGGACGGUGAUAAUGCUGAAGGGCAGCUGCCGAGGCGGAUGGUGGCAACUGCCGCCGACAGUCAGUUUCUAGCAAGCUGCCAGCUGGUGAGAGAAGUUCCCAUGACCUCUCAGCGAAGCACCCCAGAUACAGACUUGGAAGUGCAGAGGGUGGUGGGGUUUGCUUCUCAGGACUACCCUGCUUGCUCUAGUCAGCAGAAGGACAGCUCGAGCCCUUUGAACCUUUCUCAUCGUGAUCUCUCCGAGCCGGGAGAGGGAUCAGGGACAAAUCAGGCGGCUGCUGCUGCUGAGAAAAGCUUCUCACCGAGGCAGCCUGCCGGGUCUCCAGAGGACCAGCUCCACCAAGAAGAAGAAGCAGCGCUGAGCAGCCUGGCGGUGGCCAACGGCAAGGCUGUCUCGGGCUCUCUCCUGCCGGCAGCUCCAGGUGGCCUGAGGCAAGGCACUCCAGAGGCACCGGCCCAGGGCGGGCCGCCUGAUCUGGACCGCGCUCAUUCCCUGGGGCACCUGCCCUCUCACUUCAUGAAAGGAGCCAUUAUCCAGCUGGCAACAGGGGAGCUGAAGCGGGUGGAGGAUCUUCAGACUCAAGACUUUGUGCGCAGCGCAGAGGUGAGCGGGGGCCUGAAGAUCGACUCCAGUACGGUGGUCGACAUCCAGGAGAGCCCCUGGCACGGUUUUGUCACGCUCCAUUUUGUGGUUGGGGAGCAGCAGAGUAAAGUGAGCAUUGAUGUCCCCCCAGAGCACCCUUUUUUUGUGUAUGGACAGGGUUGGUCUUCUUGCAGCCCAGAGCGGACGGCUCGACUCUUUGCACUCCGUUGCCAUAGGCUGCAGGUAGGUGAUGUUUGUAUCUCCAUCAGUUUACAAAGUCUGAAUGGAAGGCUAGCUCCUCAGACCAGCCCUCAGGGAGCUCCUAAAGAGACACUCAGGAGAGCCAGCCGGGGCCUCCAAGAGCCGCAGACUAGAGCUGGAGGAGAAAGCCCCGUGCAGAAGGGGGCUCUGUCCCUCGACCACUCCCCCGAGCUCUCCCUUCUUGAACCCACUUCUCAGCAUAGCUGGGCUGGCCCUGGCUUCCAAAGGUUUGGGGAGGAGCCUCGGUUGCCCCUAAUUCGCCCCUCGUUUAUUCCCCAGGAGGUCAAGCUGUCAAUUGAGGGUCGCUCAAAUUCAGGGAAGUGAAGCACUCCUGGUGAGAAGACAGUUGGCUAUGCAGAACUGGGCUUCUGCUCUGCUCCUGAGAGGUGCCUGACUCCCCCCCGGCUGUGUGCCUGAAAUCAUUCCACUGGCAGAGGCUUCUCUCCCCGCCCCCACCCCAGAGCAGUUGGCUGGCUGCAGGGCGAGCUCUGAUGUAGCAGCUCUUCUGCUGUGAAGCAGGGAUUGGGAGCCCAAAAUCCCUUUCUUUGCACAAGCACUUUAAUAGCAGGUCACCUGCUGAAACACGGCAGGGUGCUUUCAGAGGGGGCACACCAAGAAGGGGGUUGAAGGGGAACAGCUUUUCUCCGCUUCUCUGCUUUUGGGAGGUGCCAAGCCCACUCUGGACAGUGCAGCAGAUCUCAAGCAAGGAGCGAAGGGAGGCGAGGCGAGCAGGAUUGGCCUUCUAGUUUGGGCUUCUUCUCAGGGUAUUUAUAGGCAAUGGCUGUGGUCAAAAGAGACAGCUAGUUCUGAAGAACUGGAGCUCUGUCUGCAAAGAGGCUCUUCGGCCUCCUCCCUCCCUGGGGUCUCCACCAUGCUGCUGCCUGAAAUGUUUGUGGCUCAACCUGGGCCAAAAGUUCAGCAUUGAGCAAAGAGGUCCUUCUCAGCAUGCACUUGUCAUAGAUGUGCUGUAGGUGAUGGACUUGCUUGAGGGAAGGAGGGUUUCUCUGGGAGUUGCUAACAGUCUGCACGCUCGUUAAUUAGGGGCCUGCAUCAAGACUUUCUUGGAGGGCUUGUGGAACUGAGUAUGCUCCGGCUGCUGCAAUCAUUUCUUGGCUCUUUGAAGGGACUUUUCAAAGUCCAACGCAUAUGAGUGACACUCGGCAUUUUAACAAAAUGUGUUUUGGGUUCUUUAGACAAGAUAGCAGUUGGACGCUGGUGCCUCCAGAAGAAUGAAAUAGCAGUUUCAUUUUCGCAUCUGGUGCACUAGUGUUUACAAUUGUAUGCUAGUGGAGCCGUCUCCCAUUAGAGAAUCUCUCCUGGCUUGGUGCCUUCUGGCUGCUGUGGAAAAGUGGGGAAAGUUCUGUUGAUUGUUCUUGACUUUGAGACGGGGGGCUUCCAAGCCCGCUGUCCAGUGCAGCUGCUAGAACCUGCCUCCCCUCCUGGUUUGAAACAGUGGUUCUCUCACAGCUCUCAAGGUAUGAAAAACAGCAGCAUUUACUCUUCCAUCUGCCUCUCACUGUCCCUUUUCGCUGUCUUCUUCCAGCACUUUGCACUAUUCCCAGCUACCUGCCAGUCGCUUUCUCCACUAAGUCCCUCAGCCUCUGCCCCCCACCCCCACCUCGCAGCUGCGUGCCUCAGUCUUGCCCUGAUUGCUGUGAACCCUCCAAGAAAUGAUUGCAGGGUUGCCAUGCUCCUUUCCCCCACCCCAGGGCAGGCUUGGGGGGUGGGGAGAGACAGAUGAGGCCUAUGGCUGGCCACCCCUGUGCCCUCGGGGCGUUCUUCUCCAGUUUCCUGGCUUUUUGAUCUUUGCUUUGUCUCUGCUGUGCAGGAUGGUCGGCUGAGCCAGGGGGGUGGCAUCUGUCUUGGACAGGAGCGAGCAACACACACAGAUAUGCCAAGCUAGUCCCCAAAGCACUGCUUCUUUGAAGGCAGCCAACGACUAGGAUCUGGGGUACAGGUGUCCAGGCAGAGAAGGAUGGCGAGCACAGGCCCAUUAGGCUUGCUGGAGACUUGGGGCUGGCUUCCUAGAGCAAUAAGCUGCUUCUUUUGGUGAACACUACAGAGAGGCCUCUUGUCUGCCUGGUUCUGGUGGAUAUUACUGGACGGUUCCCUGAUGUGCAAUACCGUGGGGCUUGCUUCCCGCCACUGCUAUGCCAUGGAGCUCCAGCCAACCCCCCAGACAUCCUCUCUGCCUCACAUUUGGCCCUUUCCUUUGUUGCUGGCUGCUUACUGCAAGAACACACGGGCCUUUCUUUGAUAGCAUCCCCAUGGCUGUUUUUGACUAGCCAGAGGUUUUUCCGGUGGCUGGGAGUUUCAGAGGCUGGUUCUGGGACCAGGAAAAUCCCUGCACAGCACCUUAAUUGGGGUGGGCAGCUGGCGUGGCAGACUGGCAAGGGGGACCUUGUGAGUGACCCUGCCAUUCAUGAGUAUCGUCGUCUUCUUCUUCUGUGACCAACUACGUUAUAUCUAAAGCCUUAGAAUUAGCCCAGCCCCUUCUCUCCUAUCUGGUCUUUAAGGAAGCAUAUUAUGAGUCUAAGGAUAAUCUAUUUUGUUGUGUUUUUGUAUCUGUUUGGAAUAAAUCAAUUUGUACUGUA